GUCAUUCGAGAAAAUCCAGAAUUUUAAUUCGCUAGCCGUGCCUUCGCCAUAUUUAUAUUGAACAUAAUCAGAAUCCUAGAUUUCAGCUUUUUUACAUAGUUGCAAAAAGUGUCGAAAGUUUCAUUUUGUGUCACUGAAGUGAAGUUUAUCAACACAGUAAAAAAUGGAAGACCAAAGUGGAAGCUCCGGGCCUAGAGUAAGCGACAAACGUUUGGCUCAAACUCAAGCCAAAGUCGAUGAAGUGGUUGGCAUUAUGCGCGUUAAUGUCGAGAAAGUAUUGGAGAGGGACCAAAAGUUGUCAGAACUAGACAACCGAGCUGAUGCUUUACAGCACGGGGCAGCGCAGUUUGAGCAACAGGCUGGAAAACUGAAACGAAAGUAUUGGUGGCAGAAUCUGAAAAUGAUGCUAAUUAUCGGAGCUAUCGGGGCAGUUCUACUUAUCAUAAUCAUUGUGUGGGCAACAUCCGGGUCAGGCGGCAGCUCCCCCGCUCCUGCCCCGCCUGCUGUUACUGAAACUCCUGCUUCUGGACGAUAGUCAUCAAAAUUAUCUUUAAUACUUUGAUAUGGAAACAUUUAUGCUGCUCUUUAUAAAAUAACGCAAGUUUAGACAAACUAAAUGCGACUGAACAGUAUGUAUGAAAUCUAUAUUUUGUAUAUUCAACGAUUAACCAACGCACACAUAUAUUCCUAUUGUAAGAUAUACAUCUUGGUAAAUGUUUUGAUAUUUUUCUAUAAAUUGUAUUAAAAUAGUACCUAACUGUUGAUACCGUUUAAGUGGAUCAAAUUCACUCAUAUAAGACUUGUUUACAAAUUGUUAUACUUCUAAAAAGAGGAAUAGAAAUUUUAACUAUCAAGUGCUGCUUUUGCACAAUUUUUGUAAUGUAUACAACAGUUAUAAAUAUAAAUGUACAUGUAAUUUAUAAAGUGGCCAACUUUUGUACAGAUUCACUUUGUGAUAAGUAGUAUUAAAUGCAAAGAUUGUUAAUAUUGUGAAGCCUGCAGCCUGCGGCCUACUGUACCAGCUGGUUGGAUGAACAGUUGACACAGCGAACUGAUAUUUAACUACACAACUUUAAUGUGAUUGUACUUUGCUUAAAGAGGGGAAACCCUGUGUAAUCACUUGCAAAAUUAAUAUAUUGUUAUAUGUAUUAAGUUAGGUAAAUAUGUUAUUGGAAGCCAGUGUUUGUAUAAACAAUAACAACAACUUGUUUCACAUUAUGCUGCUUUUUAUUUGAUCACUUUAUGCUGUAAGUUAAAGAUUAAUUAAUUUUCAUGUCCGCAUAAUGUGAAAAAAGUGCUACUGCACAAAACAUUUAGUUUUAAUUUAUCGUAAUAUGUAAUUAGCACAUUUGUCAGUUGGUAUUGAUUUUUAUUAUUUAGUUAUCAAUAUGUUUAUGCAUUUUCAAGAUUACUAAUUUUAAAGGCAGUUGGGACCAACUUUGCGCUUACAUUACACACCAUCUUAGGUCCAGUUACUAAUUGGGUCUAGAUACAAACUAGUUUGAUGUUGUAAGCAAAGUGUAUGUAAUAUCAUAAUCUUAGUUGUUUUGUAUUCUGUAAGAAAUAAUAAAUAUAUGUAUUUCUUCAAUA